AUGUCACGACUGAGGGUAACAGCGCGCACUGAUGACGUCAAACCUCCGACCCCCCACAGGCAGACCCCGUCCCCGGACCAUGCCCACGACCCCGACCCUCCUCCGGCCAAGAGGUUCAAGCCGGGGUCCGUGUUGUUCCGCCUGGAUAAGAGCAGACCUGGGAUGCUGCUGCCCAGGAAAGGCAAUGCGAGUGCCCCGAUAGACGUCCAGAGGAGGCGCUGCCCAUCACCAGGCCAAGCCCAGCUCCUCAACCAGCUCCGGCAGCUCCACAGCGCGGUGCUGAUCGGUGAGGCUCCGGGAGGACAGGUUCUGGUAAAAACCACUCAGAUUCCUCAGUAUCUGUAUGAAGCUGGAAUCGGACGCCCGGGCAUCAUCGCAAUCACGCAGCCUCGCCGCGUGGCCGCUCAUCUCAUUGGCUGGAAGGUCGCAGAGGAGAAGAGGACGCAGCUGGGAAAACUGGUUGGGUACACGGUGCGUUUCGAGGAUGUCACCUCCUCUGAGACCAAGUUGAAGUUCAUGACGGACGGGAUGCUGCUGCGCGAGGCCAUCGGAGACCCCCUGCUGCUGCGCUACAGGGUCGUCCUGGACGAAGCCCACGAGCGAACCGUUCACACCGACGUGUUGUUCGGUGUGGUUAAAACCGCACAACGGCGCCGCAAAGAACUCAACAAGUUCCCACUGAAGGUCAUUGUCAUGUCGGCCACCAUGGACGUGGACUUGUUCUCUGAAUACUUCAACAAGUCUCCGGUUCUAUACCUGGAGGGUCGACAGCAUCCCAUCCAGAUCUACUACACCAAGCAGCCGCAGUCCGACUACCUGCAGGCGGCGCUGGUCUCCAUUUUCCAGAUCCAUCAGGAGGCGCCGCCGUCCCACGACAUCCUCGUGUUCAUGACGGGUCGAGAGAUCGAGGCGCUGGCGAGGACGUGUCGGGACAUCGCCAAGCAUCUGCCCGACAGCUGCGGCGCCAUGGUCGUCAUCCCGCUGUACGCCUCGCUGCCUCCAGCGCAGCAGCUCAGGGUUUUCCAACCGGCCCAAAGGUGAGGACGCGGAAGUAGGAAGGUGAUCCUGUCGACCAACGUGGCUGAGACGUCUGUCACCAUCUCUGGCAUCAAGUUUGUCAUCGACACAGGGAUGGUGAAGGCCAAACGGUUCAACCCUGACAGCGGUCUGGAGGUGUUGGCGGUCCAGCGCGUUUCCAAAGCCCAGGCCUGGCAGCGGGCGGGGCGAGCAGGCAGAGAGGAUUCUGGGUCGUGUUAUCGACUUUACACAGAGGAGGAGUUUGACAACCUGAUCCCCAUGACGGUUCCAGAGAUCCAGAGGUGUAACUUGGCCGGGGUCAUGCUCCAGCUCAUGGCUCUGGGGAUUCCAGACGUGAUGAAUUUUGAUUUUGUGUCCAAGCCGUCUCCAGAGGCGGUUCGUUCUGCUGUGGAUCAUCUGGAGCUGCUGGGGGCAGAGAGGAAGGAUGGCCAGGUUGGACUCACCGCUCUGGGGAAGAUGGCCAACUUCCCCCUGGAGCCCAGAUACGCCAAGACCAUCCUCCUGUCCCCGGACUUCUCCUGCUCUGAGGAGGUUCUGACCAUCGUGUCGCUGCUGUCCGUCGACACCGUGCUCUACAACCCUCCGGCACGACGCGACGACGUGCUCGCUGCCCGCAAGAAGUUCAUGUCCAGCGAAGGGGAUCACAUGACCCUGCUCAACAUCUACAGAGCAUUCAAGAAAGUCGGUGGCAACAAGGAAUGGUGUCGAGAAAACUUUGUCAACAGCAGAAACAUGGGUUUGGUGAAGGAGGUUCAGGCUCAGCAAGAAAUCUGCCUUAAGCUCAAUCUGAAGUUGGAAUCCUGCGGCUCAGAUACCGGGAGCGUUCGCCGCUGCCUUGCCCAUGGAAUGUUCGUGAACGCGGCGGAGCUUCAGCCCGACGGCUCGUACGUGGCGCUGGACGGCCGCCAGCCCGUGUCCAUCCAGUCCGUCCUGUUCCAGGCCAAGCCGGCGUACGUGGUGUUCAACGAGCUGCUGCACACGUCACGCUGCUACAUGAGGGACGUAUGUCUGGUGGACGCCGACUGGCUGCUGGACGCUGCGCCCGAAUACUUCGCACGCAAACUGCACCUUGGAAAGAGCUAACGGCGGUGGCAGCGGCGGACGCUGGACCCAUUUACACCUACCUCCCAGACGGACGCGUGGCCGGUGUCGCCGCCUCCCAACGUUGACUUCCUCCAGGUUUUCUAGCGUUUCUUCUGCCUGGCGUCGCUCGGCUUUGUUCGACCACGUCUCGCACACCAACACGAGUCUUUUCUUCAGUAUCUGCAUGAAUCUGAACAGGAAACGCCGCAUCACUGAUGUGUCGAUGCCACGGCGUUUCAUCCUUUUAGAUCAACGACUGUGUUUAUAGUUGCGUUAAUGUUAGAUUUAACCCUCAAAGACCUGAAACGAUGUCCGUGGCGACUUCCAUGUUAACUCUUAAAGACCCAAACAUCAACUGGAAACUAAAACCAUCAACUGUUUAAUACCCGAUGAUCCACUUAUCCUAUCAAAACAUCAAAAUAAUUGGUGUAAAAUACAGUUUCAGCUCAA